UCCCGCUCGCCAUUCAGUUGGCGAAAAUCAAUCGUUUUCGACGGUCGCGCGAGCUCUUCUCUCUGCUCCACGAAAUUGGCGAGCCUGCCUCGUGUCAGUGUGUGUGUGUGUGUGCCGAAAACAACAACAACAACAACCCGCUGCGCUUAUCGCCAAAUCAGUUGGCUCUCUGUGACGACGCAGUUUUUUUUUUUUUUAGCAAAAAAUACGUGAAAUUAUUACACUUUUCUCACACCAACACUCCCCAAAUUGGCCAACGAAAGUGUUACGCGCCUUUAGUUUCUUGUCUCCAGUUUCUUGUAAUUAAAAGAUACAACAACAACAAAAACAACAAGGAGAAGAAGAAGCAUAAAGCAAAAAAAAAACCUUACCAACUUACCUUGACGUCAUUUUUUUAUUAUUAUACAUCGGAUCGGACGACGUACGAAGUUAUAAUUUUUUGUUGUAUUUGGUUUUUUUGGCCAAUGUUGUCGCUGGCGGUGUCGGUGUCGGUGUCGGUGGCUGCUGGUGCUUGGCACGAACGCUUUUAAUCAAAGCCCCACUCUUCACCUGCCCAGGUGGACGGCGGCGGCGUGCGUAAACAAAAACAAAAACAAUAAGCCCACCUGUCAUCAGUGAAAAGCGAGCGUGAAAAUUUGCAUUAUUUGCGAGUGCAUGAAUGAAUGGAAGCCCACAACUAAUUACAAAAACAAAUAGAAAACAAGAACUAAAAAAGAAGAAAACAAAAAGAACCAUGGUCUACUACAUAUCUUUCUUUGGUCAGAAUGACCCACCGGACAAGAUCAUCACCAACGAGAAAAGCGUGGCAUGCCUGCAGGAUGACUUCAACCAUCUGGGCAUAACUGCCACAGACCUGCCCUUCAAGUCGCCCGAUCUCGACUCGCCGCCCCGGCUGCAGCACCAGCACCACAACAACUAUGCGGAGAUCACGGACAGCAGCGCGGAGAACACGUGCCAACAACGCUGGCCACCCCACAGCGGAGGAGCGGCCGGAGCUGGGGUCUUUGGGCAUCCGGAUAAGCCCAUCGGAUGGAUGUACGGCCUGCUCGGAUGUAUGAAGCCGGUGCUUUCGUUUAUUGGAAAGACUGGGGUCAUUGAGGUGAAGAGCCAGCGCAGCGAGGACUGGGAGAUCCCAUUCGAGUCUGUAUCAGAUCUGGAGUGGCUGGGCAGUGGCGCCCAGGGAGCCGUCUUCAGCGGGAAGCUCAAGAACGAGAUAGUGGCCGUGAAGAAAGUCAAGGAACUAAAGGAGACGGACAUCAAGCAUCUCAGGAAACUAGAUCACGAGAACAUCAUCAAAUUCAAAGGAGUUUGCACGCAAUCGCCGGUGUUCUGCAUCAUCAUGGAGUUCUGUCCCUACGGUCCACUGCAGAACAUACUCAAGGAGGAGCAAGUCAUGUUGCCGUCCCGCCUGGUCUCCUGGUCCAAGCAAAUAGCAAUGGGGAUGCAGUACCUGCACUCCCACAAAAUAAUCCACAGGGAUCUGAAGAGCCCGAAUAUCCUGAUUAGUACAAACGAGGUGGUGAAGAUCAGCGACUUUGGAACGAGUCGAGAGUGGAAUGAGAUCAGCACCAAGAUGAGCUUCGCCGGCACGGUGGCCUGGAUGGCGCCGGAGGUGAUCCGGAACGAGCCCUGCUCCGAGAAGGUGGACAUCUGGUCGUACGGCGUGGUGCUCUGGGAGAUGCUCACCUGCGAGAUACCCUACAAGGAUGUGGACUCCUCGGCCAUUAUCUGGGGUGUGGGCAACAAUUCGCUCAAGUUGCUGGUGCCCAGCACCUGUCCCGAGGGAUUCAAGCUGCUCGUGAAGCUGUGCUGGAAGAGCAAGCCGCGAAAUCGUCCGUCCUUCCGGCAGAUACUCUCCCACCUGGACAUUGCGGGUCCGGAGCUCUUGCGGAAAACCGAAAAGCAAUAUUUCGAGACACAGAAGUCGUGGAAGGAGGAGGUGCGAUCGCAUCUGAAGGAGAUCACGCAGAACGGCACCAGCAUCCAUAAGUACGAGCAGGAUCUGAUCAAGCGGCGGACUGCGGAGUGGCAGCAUGCCCAGGACAUUCGGAUGGUCUACGAGAAGAAGCUACAGAUAACCAAUGAGCUGUUCUUGGAGCUUAGCGAGUGCAUGACGCAGUUGCAGGAGAAGGAGAAGGAGAUUGCAGAACGGGAACGGAAACUACCGGGAAGUGGCUACAAACCAUCGCGGCGGUUGGGCAACACUCUCAGGAAAAUGCAGCACUAUCGGCGACGUCUCAACGGCCCACCGGCGGCCAUCCAACAGCAGUCCACCACGCCGGAUCCCGAAACCACACCAGAGUCCCCCGUCAAGUGCGUUCUCUACGCCCAGCUAGACAGCAAUUGCCAACCGAAAUCUUAUCUCGGCAACAUAAUUCCGGGAAGUGGCCUGGGGGGCACUAUGCCGUCGAAAAACAAGAAAAUAUUACGACAUCGCCGUAACGGUUCCGGUUCCUUUGGCGCCCCGCCGAAGUACAGUCCGACGAGAGAUCGGCGGUAUCAGAGCGAGCCGGAGAACAGAAAGGUUCAGCUGGUGGAGCGGCAGACCCAAACGGAUGCCAUGGAUGUCAGUGAGACGGAUAUUAGUCCCAGUGCGGAAGUCCCUCGGUCGCAGCCCAUGGACGUGCCAUUGGUUCCCAAUCACCGCCAGCUGCCGUUGCAGCUCCAGAGGGUGCAGAAGAUGGCCGAGGCCCAGGCGAGGGCCAGAAACGGAAGCUUCUCAUCCGCUGUCGAUGCCACGAAUCCCGCUAGUCCCUCGAACGGAAACUCACUGAGCACCAGCGAACUGACCUACCAGGACGCCUGCUCCAGCCCCGAUCAGCUCAUCGAUGACGUUAUGAACAGCAACGAGCGGCUGGACAUCACGGAGUGCUGCAGUGACAACGAGAAUCUGGAGCGCCUCGGUCGCAAGGUCAUCGAAUUCAUCAACGAGAACCGCCUGUCCAUCCAGUCCAACACGAACUCCAACUGCAAUACGGAGAAUGGGAAUGGAGGCGCCUCCCCCGUGGAAGGCAACAGCCCGUGCCUGAGUCGAUGCAGCAGCACGCAGAGCAAGCGACGGAAGCACCCGCUGGGAGAUAGUCCGAAUGGAAGUUCCGGAAACAACGCGAAUGGCGAGUCCCAUGAACAGGAUAGCUGGUCGGACGAGGAGGGAGAGACCACAGACUACAAGCACGCUCUAAGGAGGCGAAGCAUUGGACGGCAGCCUAUUGGACGCGGAAUGAGACUACGGCGGAUUUACAAAGCACCGCUCUCGCAGAAGGUGGCCAUCCACAAACGGAACGUGGUGAUCGUCUCCGACGAGGAGGAGAACACCUCCGAGUACAGCCACUCGCCUUCCAGCCACCAUUCGACGCUGGAGAGCAACACGGACAUUGCCUCGGCAAUGAAACAAACCCACACCACAUCCACAUCCACCUCCACGCACAGCUGCAGCGACCCAGAUGACAAUUCAAGUGAUUCCAGCGACGAGGAGGAAAUGGUUCAUCCAGCAAAGGUCAAUUCCAAGGCAACGGGCAAGGGCCCCGCUCUGCCCAUGGGCGCUGUGCGAAGCAGCGAUAUUAUAUCCAUACCUACCUUCGAGGCUGACGGCGCCGUCAACAUGGUCUAACCUAGUACGAUAUGUAGCCUAAGCGAGAACUCCUACACUUAACCCCACAUUAGAGUGGUCUACUUAACAACUAUCUCUAUAUAUACUCAACGAGAAAUCGCCCCCAAUUGUACGGUAUUAUCUAUGUUCGUGUCCAAAUCUCCAACUCUAUCUUAUUUAUAUGUAGAAGUGUAAGCGUUGGAUCUCCUCCUGCAGGCGUUGAUCGUUUCGGGAGGAUCUGCAUCCGUUUGGGUUUUGGGGCAAUCUUAAUUUGUAUCGUACUUGUAUGACAUGCAUUUCCUACUUUGCUGAAUAUAAUUUUGCAUUAGUCUUAGUUGUCAUUAUGAUUAUUAUUAUUAUUACUGUCCUUAGAGAGCUGCCUUUGUAAUAUAUUUAAUGAGAAUGCCCUAAUUGUAAUCGUUUUUUAAGUCACUAGGCAUAGAGUUUUUUUGUUCGACUAUAAGAGAGCUUGAACCACAACCACAAAAAUCGAACUACAAACAAACAAAUUAAUAGAAUCGGCCUCAGGCAUUAUAUAGGAUGGAAUAGAGAAAUAGUCAGGGAUAUUUUUUAUAAAAACAAAAUUUGCAAAUGACUCGAAGGGGGACGGAGGAAAUGGUUUUUUAAGAAGCGAGCGCAUUGUAUGUAUAAUUUUUUAGUCGCAUUCGAGGGCCGAUCUUCCAAUUAUUUUGGGCGGGUUGGCUCUUCGAUUUACCGAAAAAUCUUACUUUCGAAAUGCACAAAAUUCAAAGCUUCAGUGCCUUAAUGCAAAAAUAAAAUAAAAAAUACAAUGAAAGUGAAAAAUGAUAAGAAUUUGAAUAAAAAAUAAUGAAUAAUUUGGUAGAUCUGUUUGGCUAUGACUAUGUACUUAGUCAACAGUGUUUCGCCCCUCUGCAACCGAAUUACAAAUUUAAUAUAAAUCUAUAUACACUCGAUAUAUAUUAUGAUAUAUAUUCUAUAUAUUUACACACUAGUUGGAUGUUUAGCUUCGUAAGAUGCGUCGCGCCGUGUCGGCAACCGCGACAUUUCUCUACAUUAUUUGAAUGUACUCCAUAUUAAGUUUAAGUUUAACGACUCAUACGAAUUAGCAAUAAUAAUAAUAAUAAAAACAACAACAAUUAA